AUGACCACAUUUCACAGCAACAGAGAACAGCCAGGAUGUGCUGCCCACUGCAGGACAGAGCAGGCACGUUUCCAAGGAGGACGUAGAAAAGCAGCAGUGGGAGACGAAGGAGACAGCUCAGACAUGGAUAGAGACAACCAGACUACAGUCACAGAAUUCCUUCUCCUGGGACUCUCUGGGCAGUCAAAGCAGGAAGAGAUUCUCUUUGGGCUGUUCUUGUGGAUGUACCUGGUCACCAUCAUUGGGAACAUUCUCAUCAUCCUGGCCAUCAGCUGUGACAGUCAUCUCCAUACCCCCAUGUACUUCUUCUUGGCUAACCUCUCCUGCAUCGACAUCUGCUUUUCAUCAGUCACAACCCCCAAGAUGCUGCUGAAUCACAUACUGGGAAGCAAGUCUAUCUCUUAUGUGGAAUGCAUGACCCAGAUCUACUUCUUCAUCACUUUCAUCAACAUGGAUGGGUUCCUUCUGAGUGUGAUGGCCUAUGACCGUUAUGUAGCCAUCUGUUGCCCACUCCACUACAGCAUGAUCAUGAAGCCCAAACUCUGUAUCCUUCUGGUGGUGGUCUCUUGGGUCAUUACAAACCUGCAUGCUCUCCUACACACUCUUCUCAUGGUCCGACUCACCUUUUGUUUCAACAAUACUGUGCAUCACUUUUUCUGUGACCCCUAUGCAGUUCUAAAGCUGUCUUGUUCUGAUACCUUUAUCAAUGAGUUGAUGGUAUCCAUUGCAGGUGGGCUUAUGUCGAUUACACCAUUCACAUGUAUCACUGUUUCAUAUGCCUAUAUCUUCUCUAACGUGUUAAAGUUUCCAUCUCUUCAGGGAAUAAGGAAAGCCCUAUCCACAUGUGGAUCCCACCUCACUGUGGUGUCCCUCUUCUAUGGGGCAAUCCUGGGGGUCUAUAUGCGCCCUUCAUCCUCCUACUCAGUCCAAGACAUGGUGGCCACUGUCAUCUUCACAGUGGUGACUCCCCUGGUCAAUCCCUUCAUCUAUAGUCUGAGAAAUCGUGACAUGAAGGGAGCCUUAAGGAAGCUAAUUAUUAGGAGGCCAGUUUUGUCAAGACUCUAG